AUGAAAAUGCAUCUGAUUGUGAAAUGGAAUUGCUUCUCUUGUUGCAGGGAGAUACAAGCAAACACAUCCACCAGUGGUGAGUGGAUAAAGGAUUACACGCGCGGCUCGAGCGGUGCUGUCGAUCAUUUACCCACAACCGACGUGUUGCGGCGCAGUAUACGACGUUCCUGGACGAUAUCAAAUCCCGAGGACGAUUCGAACAAUCAAAACCCUCAAAAUCCCGGCGCUGAUAAUCUUUAUCCACAACAAAACAACCUUAUCGAAUCGCAAUCUGCCGGCAGCUAUCCCUCUCUCGUACGCCCACCGUCACAACAACGCCCACACCCCACUGCCUAUCAAAGUGGCAGCGUGAUUGGUAUAAGCACUGUGGGAGCCGCACAUCCCCAACCGACUUCCGAUUAUCUGGUGAAUACCCAACGACGAGUCCUACGUCAAUCAACUCUGCCAAGUUCUCUGCCCAACAACGAUCCAAAUCUAAGUGGCAGCGGCGCCAAUUUGGCCAAUUAUAAUUACGUGAAUCUUACUGCACCCACUUCACCGCAUCAGAUGCAGAAAAGUCCAAUUUAUCCUAGCGCAUAUAACAGUGAUGACAUUAUAAACAUGAGCACCACUGAUUGUGAUAAUUAUUCUCAACAAAUACAUCAGCAGCAACAGCAAAAACCUAUGAAUAUUCAGCCACAACAGCAGCAGCAGCCGCAGAGUGUGAUAAAUCCCCAAACGCAUCAUCGCCUACAGGUGCGCAGACAAUCAACCCUCCCGGCUAAUCCCUGCCAACCGCCAAUGUAUUUAUCCACUUCACCGAAUCGCCCCUACAGCCGCUCGCCGGAGCGUUCUCCAGGUGAGCAACGUUAUCCACCGUUCAUGCGUCAAACAUCGUUUCCGUGCAACAUGGCAGAGCCUCCUACACAACAACAGCAGCAGCCAAAGAAUCAUCUCAAUUUUGGUACCACACCGCCCACCAACCAGUCAUAUCAACGCAAGUUGCUACCCACCUCACCCAACUACCAAGGAUCUGCUAUGUACCAGCAACAGCCUACGCAACAGCAGCAACAGGUACCACCGCAACAGCCUGCUCAAUCCAACUACGACCCACAAACUGGCCAAACGCAACCAGCUGACGAAAUGGACUAUACACAAGUUAUGCCCAAAGCACGCAUGUUGCGACAGGCCACGUUACCAAACCCCGAUCAACAUGUCAAACUGUUGCCCACCUCUCCACCAAAGCGUCAGACCUCGCCACAAUAUCGACGAUCACCAGAAUUUAUGCGACAACAGACGUUGCCGAAUCCGGAAGCUUUUAGUGGAAAUUCGCUCUCGGUACCACCAGGCCAGGCACAAGCGAAAUUUAUGCCGCUUUCGCCACGUCACAAGCAGAACUUUCUUUUUCCGAAUGUACAGCGACAGUUCUUAUCGCAGCAGCAUGUGCCGGCGGUCGGAGUUAGCAGUGCCGACGUAAUCACAACCGGCAUCAGCGCCGGCGAACAGUACUCAAGCAGCCAAAGUGUGAACAUACAAUCGCGGGAGCAUGCCAAAAUGAUGAAGGUUCGCAGUCACAGCAAUGAGGAAUACUCGAUCACGAAGCCAUACCACACCGAAAAUAGGCGGCUACUACCAGAGAUACCGACGAAUCGUGCAUCCAGCCGUUCACCCAGUCGUCUUGUGCGUCAAGAAUGCAUCAAAGAUGAACGCAGUAAUGCGACCGAUGCUAACACGCGCACCUUUGGUGAAGCGAAGCAACAAUUUAAUCAAUUUCAAAAUGUCACCGAAGAAGCAGACAAUCGUCCUGAAUAUAUGGAUUACUUUGGCGACAGCACCAGCAGCUUUUUGGAGGCGGAUGAAGUGCAGUACGAGAAAAAUUACAAUGCCGGCUUCAGCAGCGAACCGCGCAUUAUCUAUAAUGAUGGAUCCGAUGACGGCAGUUACAACCAAUACCAACGGCCCAUGGUGCACAGCGCUGAGACGGUGCUCGUGCACGAUCAAAACUACAGCUACUACGGAGCGGAUGGUGGCUUGAGUGCUCAAGCUUUGACUACUGGGCUUAGCGCCAGUGGUGGUGCUUUACCGCGGACUCCACAAAUGCACAAUCGGCUGCGAAGACGACAAUCACGUGAACUGCAAAUACAACAAGAAGAAAUGGCUCAUUUGAAUCGGCAAGCAACGGCCGGUAUGACUACAACAACCGGAGGUGUAGAGCCUACAGUGGUAACCAGUGCAAGUGGCGCUGGCGCAUCGGCAAAUAGUGAAGCACACGACACACAAGAAAGGCGCAAACCUGAACAAAUGCGCUCAAUAUCGGAAGACUCGGGUGCGAAAACAAAUCCACAAAAACCAGUCACAAGACGAUCGUUAUCACAUCCUGAAAAAGGGACACAAUUCAACAAGAAGGUUGAGCCCACUAAAAUACCGAGUCCGAAACCGUUGGCUGAUAUUUUAGAUAAGACACGAACUAACACGAAAAUACCAACGCCUCGACGACGUAAUAGCCGUGACACAAAUGGUGCCGAUACAGAAGAUGCCAACAAACCCUAUUCGAACGAAAGACGAAACUCCGAUGUAUCUCUCAAAUCAGCAAAUAAAAAACAUGAACAACAACAGCAUACCGGGGAACAAAAAUUAUCAUUGCCAUCUACAAAAUUGAAUGGCAACAACAAGUCGCCAGAGAAAAAAGAUGAAUUCAAAGAGAAGACUAACAAGACAAAAGACAGUGACAGCAAUGAUCAAGCAAAAAGUGCUGAUGAAAUGCAAAAACAGAAUCCAACAGUUGACACGACAGAAGGCAAUAAAGGCGUUGCAACGACAAUUCCCAAGCAACACACAACUACUUUGGGUGAACAGGAGAUACAGAAUGCUGUGGAAGCAGCAGCCGUUGUAUUUAAAAAGGUCGUACUGCAACGUCGCCAGGAGAAAAAAGCAGCCGAGGAGG